AUGGCGACUGUUCGAUUUGUAACAUUAUCCGUAUUCUUCUUUCGGGUCUAUAUGGUCGCCGCUGCAGAGUUACCACAACCGGAAAUCCCAAGCUGUGCGAGCAGUUGUGCCUCUCACGAAAUCGCUUAUUCCAACUGUUCUGUUACAGACCAAGGCUGCCUAUGUCAUGACACUGCUUUUGCAACCAAAGUACAGGCAUGUAUUCUACAAAACUGCACGGUAAAGGAAGCGCUAGUUGCUCGAAAUCAAUCAUCGACAGCCUGCCACGUGCCCAUAACCGAGCUGAGCCAUGUACAUCGGUGGUUCCCUGGGGUUCUUUUUGCUCUCCCAACGUUUUUAAUGAUGGGGCGGUUAGCAAACAAGUGGUUAGGUAUCUCGCCCUGGGGCUGGGACGAUUCAAGCAUUGUCGCCGCCUAUCUUAUCCUCGCAGCUUUCCUGCCAGCAUCUGUUUUUAAUCUAAGAGCAGGCGCAGGCAGAGACAUUUGGACGCUUGCCCCGGAUCAGAUUACACACCUACUCCUGAUUGUGUAUAUCUUCGGAUUGCUAUAUUUCUUCGGCCUCGCUCUUAUCAAGAUUUCCAUCAUUUUCUUGUACUUCCGGAUUUUCCCUGAUGGGAAAUUUCGAAAAGUGCUGUGGGCCACGCAGGUGGUCAACUUGCUUUUGUUGAUUUCAUUCACAGCCGGUCAACUUGCUCUUUGCCAACCCUUCAAUUUUGCUUGGGUAGGCUGGACCAAAGAGAUUCCAGGCAAAUGCUUCGAUAGAAAUAAGUUCAUCAUCUCUCACGGCGCUAUCAACGUUGCUUUGGAUUUGUGGAUGCUCGCGUUACCUUUGACACAACUUUAUGGGCUGCGUAUGCAGCGCAGGAAAAAGCUAGGCGUGAUGUUCAUGUUCAGUCUCGGUGUAUUUCUUACGGCAGUCAGUGCAUACCGGAUCAAAGCGGUACUGGACUUUGCAACAUCUCUCAAUUUUCCUGUCGAUGCUAUUGAGACCGCAUUGUGGUCCCAUAUUGAACUCUGCACAGGUGUGGUUGUGGCCUGCCUACCAAGCACGCGACAACUCUGGAAGAGGGCGUUCCCCAACAUCGUCAGACGUACUCCGAAGGCCAUACCUGACGAAUCACCGGGGGCUUCUCGAUCCUGUGAGCCAAAAGCCAAAGGCAAAGUCGAAAUUAUGACUUUCCAAAACAACAUUAGGCGUAACUCAUACACUGAGAGACUAGGAUAA